AUGCCACAUGACCACGCGGACCUGCCGUCGGAGACAGGAUACGAUGAGUUGUGCCUCCGGAGCGAUGGCACAUACCUCUUCGUGGGCGGCUUAGUACGUGAUGAUGACCCGUUUGUCCUCGAGCUCCAGAGCCUGGGUUGUACGGUCACCAGGGUGUCCGGUGAUGUUACCAUCUAUGAAGACGUAGCCCGCGCCGUCAGAGCGGCGGGCCGGCCCAUCGUUGGCGUUUUGCAAGCAUCGAUGAUUCUGCAGGACACAAGUCUCAAUGACAUGUCGUGGACCCAAUGGACCGCAGCGUCCCGGCCCAAGAUCCAAGGGACAUGGAAUCUACACAACGCCCUCCUCCACGAGCAGGCAGAUCAUCCUGUGGACCACUUCCUUCUUUUCAGCUCCCUCGGUGCCAUGACGGGCCAGUGGGGCCAGGCAAACUACAACGCCGGAAACACCUUCCUGGAUGCCUUCGUCUCGUACCGCCACUCGCUCGGCCUCGCCGCCAGCGUCGUGAACAUCGGCGUCGUCGGAGACGUCGGCUAUGUGAGCGAGAACCCCUCCGUGCUCGACUCGCUGAGGGCCACGGGGCAGUAUCUCAUGAGGGAGCCGGAGCUGCUGGACUGCCUGGAGCUGAAGCGGGCUGAAGGGGAGCUGGACCUCGACGCGCCGCUGGGGGCGGUCGGCAUUGACUCGCUGGUCAGCAUCGAGCUGAGGAACUGGAUCCGGAGGACGCUGGGCGCGGAGGUGUCGGUGCUUGAGAUUGCGCGUGUGGAGAGCCGGGCCCGGCUGGGCGAGACGGUUCAGGGCAAGCUCAUUGAGAAGUAUCAGGCGAGACGAUGA